AUGGCGGACGGGUGUCGGCUAUGCGCGGCGAUGCUGCUGCUGCUCCUGCUACUGCUGGGCUGCUACUGCUGGGCUGCUACUGCUGCUUUCUACAUCUCAGUCCCGUCCCCUCUGCCAGACAGGGCAGACGUCAACUCGAGGGCAUUCCAGGUUCCGAUCCUGAUCUGGCCUGGCAUCUUGGAGAACGAGUCUGCGUGCAACCUCUGCGGUGUUCUGUGGUCUCUGUUCGACAGUCAGUACAGUACCUCUAUCUACAUACAACACAGCCGCAAUCUCUGCUUGCCCGCGUCAAUCACGGCCGGGACAACCCCUCCUCCUGCGCACAGUGAGGUGGGAGGUGCUCAUGCUCCUCGCGUGUUCAAGCUCGGCGCGAUAGGACCGUGCUAUGUAUUCGCAUAA